AUGAACGAGUACUGUCGAUCUGCGAGCUGUCCACGUGCGCUGAUGGUGCUGCUCAUCACGCCACUACCAAGUCUAAUUCUGGUUACAAUGAUCGACGCAAUGCCGCUUGAAUCGCCGGAACGAGGACUGGAACAUAGUGCUAUUGUAUGGGUUCGAGGAAUACUGACGUGUUUCAUCUACACCCACUGCGCUAUCGAGCAGAUUCGUCUGUACAGUCCGAAUCUGAGACUGGAGCCAUUGGCCGGACUGUGUAUCUCGCUUCCUACUGCAAUUUUCACGAUUGUACUUACCUUGGGGCUAUCGUUUCUUUGCUGGCCACUACCAUUCACCACCCUUUUAAUGUCAGGUCCGUGGCUUGGCUUUAUGACUUUCUUUUUAUUUCGAGUCCGUGGAGCGCACCUGCGUGCGAACCCCGAAGCCAUACGCGAUUUCUGCCGCUGUUCGCCUUGCUGA